AUGUCGGAUUUAGACAGUGAAUAUCCAAAAGCAGAAAGUGCUAGACCGUUUCUACCAGAAGAAGAAAGAAAAUUUUUAAAACUCUUCAAUGAACAGAAAUUUAGACCUAGAACAGCUAUUUUAACAGUGUGGUUUAAAUAUCCCUAUAACAUGUUCUUCCAACCAAUACCAGCUAAAGAUAAUAUCACUUUCACGAAUAAAGAAGGAAAAAAGGAAACUGGGAGUAAAAUCAGGUUUAGAAAUGGUUUCUGUUCAGAUGUUUUAACAUCGGUCGAUAUUCAAGAAAUUGUUAAAGCCGGUGGAGAUAUUAUUAGAAUAUUAGAUGGUAUAGUAUACGAAGAAAAUUUUAAAACUCCACCAUAUAGAGAUUAUAUUUUAAUUUUGAGAGAUCUAAGAAAUAAAUAUAAACGAGAAGAAAUUGAAGAAAUAGAGAUAACUGCUGAAGAUCAGUCAACUAAAUCUACAGGACUAACACCUAGUCAUUUGGGAUCAUUCGUUUUAUCUCACAGUAAAAAAAUAAUGAAUAAUUUCAUUCAUGUAAUAAAUGGAUUUUAUAAACCUGAAAUAUUCUAUACCGACACUGAUAGUUUAUACAUUUCAUCUAGAAAUUGGGAUGAAUUAAAUCGAGCUGGGUUGGUAUCUGAAAAUGAAUAUUGUAAAGGCGAUAAAGGUGAUAUCAUAUUUGGUUUAUAUUUAGCGCCAAAAGUCAAAUAUAAUAUCAUUCUAACUUCUGAUGGUGUUUUAAAAGAAAAGGAAACGUUUAAGGGUUAUUCUAAUAAUAAAACAAGAUUAUAUUCAGUUGGCUAG